AUGAGCAGCACGACCGGCUCAAGUGAGGCCGCCCUCCACCAACGCCAGAAUGAACCCAACAGCAAAGAACAAAUCCAAAAACAACGCAUCGUAUCCCACAUGAACAGCGACCACCGCGAUAGUCUUUCCAUGUUUCUCGUCAUAUACAACAAAGUCCCCUACACCCAAGCGCAAACCGCCCAAAUUGAAGAAAUCCGUUUGUCUGGCAUGACCAUCUCCACUGCCGAUUAUCCCGACCGCGCAAAAUCGUCACGGACGAACUUCUUUGUGCCAUUCGAGCCGGCAUUAAACGGGUACGAGGAGGCUAGACACAAGGUCGUUGAGAUGCACAAACACUGUCUAAAGACGCUGGGUCAAUCAGACAUCACGAUCCAGGAGUACCGACGGCCCAGAGGUUUUAGUGCAUUCAUGUUUACCGUUUGUCUGGUGACAUUCAUCGCAUUCUCGCGCCGAUCGAACUUUCAACCUGGUUCCGAGCUAUACUCGCGUUUACUUCAGUAUGUCCCCGACUUCGCGACGUUUUGCUACAAGAUUCAGCCGCUGGUUAUAGGCGGCACACUGCGACCACGAAAUUCAAGACCCGUCCUCAAUCGACUAUCUCGACCACGACAACUUAACGACAUCCCAGCGCGCUGUUCCGGUGAACGACCACAACUAUUCGAGUGGUCCUGUUUAUCAAACGCCAAUAUGGGUAUUUCUCGUGAUUCCCGCCACAAGCGCUCGGCCACCGGUGCGAAGAGGGCCACCUACCGCAAGAAGAGAGCUUUCGAGAAGGGUCGUCAGCCAGCCAACACUCGUAUUGGCCCCAAGCGAGUUCACCUUGUCCGCACCCGUGGUGGAAACACCAAGUACCGUGGUCUCCGUCUCGACUCCGGCAACUUCUCCUGGGGAUCUGAGGGUAUCUCCCGCAAGGUCCGCGUGAUCGUCGUCGCCUUCCACCCUUCCAACAACGAACUCGUCCGUACCAACACCCUCACCCGUUCCGCCGUUGUCCAGGUCGACGCCGCCCCCUUCAGACAAUGGUACGAGGCACACUACGGCCAGCCCAUUGGCCGAAGACGCCAGCAAAAGUCUGAGGUCGCCGAAGAGAAGAAGAGCAAGAGCGUCGAGAGCAAGCAGGCUGCCCGAUUCGCCGCCUCUGGCAAGGUUGAGAAUGCUUUGGAGCGGCAGUUCGAGGCCGGUCGUUUGUACGCUGUUAUCUCGUCCCGCCCCGGUCAGAGCGGUCGUGUUGAUGGUUACAUCUUGGAGGGUGAGGAGUUGGCAUUCUACCAGCGUGCGAUCAGGAAGUAA